UAGGUGAAAGCCAUCUGUCAGCCACAGCGGGGCUGCUGGGGACGGUGACAUGUGGACGCCGCGGCCGUGGCCCUUUAAGAAACUCCAUGUUUUCGCUACAUGAUGCGUCAACAUAAAAAAAAAAGCGGAUGAUGCUGUUAUGUAAAAACACGCUGAAGUAGAGCCGUAGUUUGCAGGAGCCUGUUGUAUUCUCAGCACGCCUCCGUUUGUCUUUUGAACGAGAAUUUGUAGUUUAAAGUCUACCAACCGGGGCUUUUUUUUCUUUUUCUUUUUCUUUUUUUUUUUUACGCGCAGCGCACGGAGCAGUUUGGAGUGAAGGGGGAAAAAGGGUUCAGCCGAUCAAGUCAACAUGAGUCGCCGUCCACUCUGUUUUCCUCCUUCAGUUGCGAGAAGCGUACACCUGACGCAUCGCUCUCUCCCCCUGUGGAAGUGAUCUUUCUUCCUCCAAAUCGUCUCUUUCGGGAUUAUUUGACGGUCUACACGGCGAGUGUGUGGACCCAUUUGAUGAUCCGUGAUGAUGCUCACUAAAGGGUCUCUCUGAGCUGAAACCCACCAUUGUAGGAUCCUGUGGAUGAAGAGGAGUUGGUGGAUCUGCCCACGGACGCUGAGAACAUGGUGAAAGCUCAGCAGAGUCAUUCUGUGAAAUUCUGGAAGUUCCGGAUGGAGAAGGGAAGCAAGGAGAAAGGAGGUGGCAUGAAAAAAGGGAAGGAGAGAAAGAAUGAGUUGAAAGGAAAGAAGAAGAAGAAGGAUAAGAAAGAGUCACACCGACAUAGGAAGAAGACACUGGCAGUGGGUGAUGGAGAAGCACUGGACUGUUGCGUCCUGCUAACCCGCCUGGAGGAGAAAAGAGUUGCGGGUAAAGAAAAGGAUGCACGGAAAACUGGGAAACAAAAGAACAUUAAGGUCAAAAGGAAGCUUCACUCCAGCUCCAUUCAAAAACGGACCAAAUCUGGACGAAAGAAAACUUCCAUAGCCAAUCGGCAAACACUGGAACCAAAAAUCAACCAAUCUGACGCCUUACUCAUGUUGCCCGUACCUGUCUUUGAGCCCCGGAGGAGGAGAAUGGCAGCUCUCAACGCUGAGGCUGUCAACAGCUUGCUGCUCUACAGACACGAUCCCCUCACGUCAAAUCUCACAUCAAAGAAACAGCAGUCUUUUCAUGGAGAGCCAGCUAAUGAUAAUCUCACUACAACUGAACAUAAAGGUCAUGACACCAAAAAGGUUCUUGCAGGAGGAAAAGUGGACCCAAAGGAAAGACCUAAAAAACAGAGGCGGUCAGCAGCAGAUGCUCAGAACAUUGACUGGUUGGCUUUGUUUGCGCCAACGCCUCGACGUCAGGCUGGCCUCACUGCUGCAACACUGCUCAAACUCACCAGUGCCGCCUAUGGAACCAAACGGCAAAAGAAGACAGAGUCCAAGCUGGGGAGUGGGAGUGAAGCAGCAGCUACGACUCAGGAUGAGAUUAGUAAACCGUUGUGUGGACAAACAACGCUGACCAAAAGAGCAACACAGCCCAAACACAAGGACCAACUAAAGCACAGACAACAGGGUAAAGAGGAUCCGCAUCAUUCCCGGCUGAGCUCUGCCACCCACGGGUGCUGUAGCUUGUGUAAAAGUGAGGCUUUGGAUCCAGAGUGGAAGGACACCACAGGCGGAGAGGAGUGCCUCAAACAUGCGCUCCCCUGUGGCUCCUCGCUGGGACACUCCUUGAAAACAAUCAAAGAGGAGCAGGUGGAGACCGAGUUGUCUUCCUGCUACUGCUGCUCCCAGGAGAGGUGUGUCGAGUACUGUCACAGACUGGCCCUCUUCCUGGAGGACAAGACCUUCAAGAAACCAGAGGAUGGCUCGCUGUCUGAGGUGUUCCACCAUCACCAUCACCACCACCAUCAUCAUCACCACCAUCUUCAGUCCCCCCACUCCGUAGCCCACCCAGCAGCCAUAACCAUCAGCCCACACACAUACACCUGUUUCCCUGGCUACUAUGUUCAUUUCAGCCACCCUGACAACUCCACCUCUCCCAUACCACCCCUCACUUUGUGCCCAAGAAGCAGCAAGAGACCCAAGCUGCUCCCCAGCAGCGGGCUGCAGUCCUCAGGGAUUACCCAUCCAAUGUACUGCUGCACCUCAGUGGAGGCGUGCUACGGAGAGCCCUGCAGGCUCAACGGCUACUCUUCCUAUACCAAUGUGAUUCCAGCCAUCGCCAGAGGAGGGUGCUCCUUCAGCCCCACUGACUGCACCAAAUGUAACCAUGGCAUCAAAAGAGACGACUACUCAUCAACUCCCAAUGACCAUCACAGUCCCUCCUCCAUCCCCAUCUGCCCCAGUCCCAGAAUCCUCACUGGCUGCCCCAUUCCCACGGUGCCUCCAGCCGGCCAAUCAGUGCCCCACAUUCAGACUCCACUGUCCGACCCCAGCCAACCACAGCCUCCGCUGCAGGUGGCGAAAGAGUGUCCGCAGAGUGCCAAGUCGCCCAGCGGGUCAAGGUCUGGCGCACGCGGCACCGGCAGCGUCAGUUCGGCUGUCCGCCCUCUCAACAGGGACAAGAAACAGAAGCUCAGCUCUGCCAGCAUCGUGCGAACGGUUGCCAAGCAGCCGAAGAACAACCGCCAAAAAACCACCAACGGCUGGCAGCCAGUUGGCCUGCCCUUUCAGAAGGAGGUUUUCUCCGUGGGAGAGGAGGCUCUGGUGCUGAGGAAGUGUUUCGAGGGAGUCCAGAGGGACGGGGAGCUGAUUCGGGUCAGAGACACUGUCCUGCUAAAAUCUGGACCUAGGAAGAAGUCUUUGCCUUACGUGGCCAAGGUCUCAGCUCUGUGGGAAGAGCCAGAGUCAGGAGAGCUGAUGAUGAGUUUGUUUUGGUACUACCGUCCAGAACACACUCAGGGGGGACGCAACCCCAGUGUACAUUGUGAGAAUGAGAUCUUUGCAUCUCGUCACCAGGAUGUGAACAGUGUGGCCUGCAUUGAAGACAAAUGCUAUGUCCUAACACUAGCACAGUAUUGCCGAUUUUGUGCCUUGGUAAAACGCCGUAGGGAUGGCGUACUUGACAGUGCCGCCUCCCUCAUGGUGCCACCCGUUGUUGGCAACGCCAUGCCCACCCACCACUGUGUGCCCGAUGACGUCGACCCAGAGCUGGUGUUUUUCUGUCGACACGUCUAUGACUUCCGCUACGGACGCCUUCUCAAGAACCUGCAGUAGCAUCUGACUGGGCAUGAGACACAAUGCUAUAGGACGUGAGAUAACAUUACUCUGGUUUCAUCCUCCAUGACUUUAAUUAGCUACAUACCUACCUGCUGCCUGUGUGAUGUUUAGGAUGAAGGACUGAGAAAUGAGCUUAUUUUCCUUAGAAAUCUCUUGUCCAUACUUACAUGGCACACAUUUAUUUAGUCCAAGUAAUGGUCUGAUAUGUUAUAUAAGAGUUUAUAUGGCAGUGUAAAUGGUCUUUAUCCUACAUGGCUCUCUGAUGUUGUAGCAGCUGUGUGAAGAACCUGAAAGUACUCUGCUGUAGAAAAUGCUACUGUAGCUCUUAGAAAUGUGACAUGUGAUAGAUAUGAAGAGAAGCUGAUGUUACAUGUGAAGCACUAUCUGCCUGACAGAUAUCAGACACACAGUGUGUCUCAGUGAUACACCAUGGCUAAAGAAAAUCUGAAGCAUAUCACGCCACAGUCCUUGAGAACAGACUGUUUCAGAAAAACGUUUCAGAGUGGCUGAAGAUUUAAUCACAUUUAUCCUUAGAUUGCUCUGUGAUUUGCAGUUUCUUGACGUCCAUCUGAAUGUAGAAACAUACAGGUUUCUACAAGGCACUGCAUAUAGAAGUCUUAGACAAAAGUUCUUGUGUGAACAUCUGUGUUCAAGAUGUUUUUGGAAGUGUGCUUUGUCGAUUUCUUGCUGAAAGUUAGAUGAGAAGAUGAAAGCCAAUGUUAAUGUGUAGGUUUUCUGGCUGGUGAUCUUAGCUUACCAUAAAAACUGGAAACAAUGUGAAGGUUUUCCUUCGACUAGUUGUCGUCUCCAGCUUUGGACAGAGUCGGGUUAGCUGGUUCCAGUCUUUGUGUGCAGCUGAGCUAACUGGUUGCUGAGAGUGGCAGUGAUGUUCUCAUUUAAAUCUUGGCAAGGAAAUAAAUUAGGGUAUUUCCCAAUUUUUAAGGAAUUUUAUCAUUAAGCAUUUUCAUGUUCAUGAAUUAACUGUAGGUCUAUGUAGAAAAUCUGAAGACGGCUGCGAGGCGAGUUUCUGAUCAGAAGGUUUGAUUAAAUUCAAAUUAAUGUUAAUGUUACCGCUGAUCAAGCACAUGCACAGCCAGCGAUGUGUAUGUGUCUACAUUGCUCUUGAGUUUCUGAGAGAAUUGAAGGUUAUAUGUCUGGUAUAUAUCUGUAACUCUGAAAUUCACCUCAGCGGUGAUUUUCACAGCUUUUUUUAUUGACCUGCACUCUACAAAGGAAGCACAGUUCAGUUUAUUUGAUUUUGCAGUGUGAAGAUGUCCAGUGAGCCGAGCAUUGAGGGGAUUUUUGUUAUGCCAAUGCUUAGGAAUAUUUUACUUUCUCAAAGCUGUUUGCCAGAGGUGUGAUUUGACAUCCGGUGUCAGCUAACUGUACAUUUGCAUUUAUAUAUCCGGAUGAGUGUCUGUUCAUGGCAGAUGGCAUCAGUUAGUCACCUAUAUUCUUGUUUGUUCGCCGAUGAGACGGUGAGUCAUGUAUUCAGUGUAGCAUUUAGAUCUGUGAUUAUGAUUCAUUCCUAUGUUGAGAAAAGAUAUGUAUUUAUUUCUGUACUGAGAAAAUCUAAUUUAUUUUCAAAAGAUAAUUUUAAAAAAAUAGAGUUUUAGAUGAGUGGCAUUCAUUCCUGAUUAGAGGAGAUCAAGGUGUUCUCUCCUUAGCUGCACUGUCUAAGAUGAAAAGUGUGCGUGUCAUUUGCAGUAGUAUUUCUGUGACCGACUGAGCUUGCUUGCCCAAUACAAACCUAUUAAAUAUUGUGUUGAGAUUCUGAAGUCCUCCAGGCAGAUUUGAGGACACAUUUGGAGUAUUUGGAAGGAUCUCAGAUACAGUUUGAAGGACAUCUGCUAACAUGUGACCAGAGACGCUUAACCUGCAGGACCAAAACGUACGUUGGCCUCUCUCAGAUUCCUGUCAUUCUCAUUUCACCUCUCCUCAGAUGAUAAAGCUUUGCUUCUUCACCUUUAAAUUUAACAACCAUUUAAACUUACCUUGCCAUUAGCCUGUGCCCUUGAUCUUGCUGCCUUAGAGAACAUUCCCAGCCUUUCAUUUAGAAAUGUGUAUCGAUAUCAGCCUGGGGUGAUGAAGGUUUUUGUUGUACUGAUCUUGAUUCCUAAAUGCUUGAGAUGCAUUGCAGGUCCAUCGUAUUCAUAUGAUCUUAUGUGACCUGAAAGGCCAAACUAAUCCUUGAUCUACACUUAUUUUGAGAAAGAUCUGCCCACGUUUGAUUCAAUGUUCCACCUGGUUGUUGGUAUCAAACACCCAACUGUUGAGAGUUAAAGGAGAAGAUCACUAAGAUCAAUAAGUAGCGCCCAGUUAGGCUAGCUUAGCAUAAAGACAGCAGUGGGAAACCUAGCUCUGUCAAGAAAGGCAAAAACAUCCACCUACCAGCACCUUUAAAACUCACUAAUUAACAUGUUGAAGUAUAAAACAAUAGUUUGCUGAUAGCGGUUUCUCCCUGUUUCCAGUCUUUAUGCUAAACUAAGCUAACCAUGUGCUGGCUGUAGCGUCAUAUUUAGCGCCCAGACUUGAGUUACACUGAUCACUCGCUUAAAAAUUUGUAGUUUUGCGCUUCUUGAAGAGCAGUGACUGCAGUCAGCUUGAAUUCCAGCAACAGCAAUGAAUUUAAUUUGUUACAAGCUUUCAUGGUGGAAAAAAUGUAAGCUAUUAAAAAAAAAUUCACAUAGACAGUUGAAAAGAGGUUGAAAGCAGAGGAUGCAGCUGGUGUACUUGAGAUACUGAAAAUACUAAAGGUAUGGAUGGACAGUGAAUAAGUUGAUUAUCCUUCAAGAGUGUUUUAAGUCUUUUUACUCCACUUUGAACCUUGUCACCAUUUGAAUUUUUUGUAUUGGGCUGUUUUUAAGCUGACCUCAAGCGCUGUUCUGUAUGAAGACGGAAACUGCUUAAAGCCAUGUUACAGGCACAGGGGGGUGAGUAUGUGACAGUCUUAACAUAGAUUUUGGGUGGAGUAUCACUUGAAAAUGCCCACAUCCUACUUACUUCUGCUUCACUCCCUAUACAAAAGGCAGGGUAAAUUAAUUUUGUGUGUUGAUUUACCAAUCAGAAUUCACUAUAACCUAUUACUGUAUUAAUAUUUGACUUGACAAACAGGCCUCCUCAGAUGAGUAUUUUCAUAUUGGCUAAUUCAGGCUACUAUGGAAAGAAACUUUGCUCUUUUAAUCUGCCUUUCUCAGUAAACCAAAGCUUAUCAGUCUUUAUCAAAACUGUGGCAGACUCUCUCCACUGACUGUUGAAUACUGAUUUAUGGUGGAUGUAUGGCAGUAAAGCUCCCACAGCACAAUCAAGCAGAACUACUUUCGACUUGAUUUGGUUCUGCAGUUUAAAAUCCCCCUGGCUGUUCUGGAUCAGAGUUAGGAAUCACACACAGAAUAAACAUGUAUCAUGGCCUUAGGAAUCACUCAGCAAACUAAUUAUGUUUAAUCAAGAUGUGUGACACUUAUGUCUUAAUUGGUCCUCUGUGCCUGUUCCCAUUGAUCCGUAUAUAUUCCAAGCUCUUUUCAUUUAGAGAAGGACAAGCAGUUACUGUUGUUUUUACCCACCUUCCAAAUGCCUUUCAUUUUGGUCAGCCGACACUUGUCUGAUGUUAAAUUAAAGAAAUGUUUGCACCAGAAAGUGAGAGGGGAGAAGGUAUUGAAACAUGAAUUUAUUUUCAUCCCCAGGUGUAUACAAAAAAUGUAAACUUUGGUUCUUCUGAUGUGAAUUUAUGUUCUUAUUCUUUGCAUGGCGUUUUGGAAAUAUCUCGGAAAUAUUAAUCACAGCACAGAUUAUUUGUAUGGUUUCAAAUGGACCUCUGUAAUAUAAGAAAAAUAUUUAAUUGUAAUAAAUAAUAUAUGAGUUUGAAUGUU